AUGAGUUCAACAAGUAGAGCAUGGGCAGCAGCAGCCAGUGUUGCAGUGGUGGAAGCUUUGAAGGAUCAAGGUAUAUGCAGAUGGAAUCAUACGCUAAAAUCACUUCAAAAUCAUGUUAAAAACAAUGUCAGAUCUUAUUCUCAAGCACAUAAGCUUUCAUCCUCCUCCUCUUCUUCUUCAGCUAUGGUUUCUACUAAUAGACAAAAAAGAAAGGCAAAGCAAUCAGAAGAAUCUUUGAGGACAGUCAUGUACUUGAGUUGUUGGGGUCCCAAUUGA